AUGGAAGAGGAGGAGUCAGAGGAAGAAGAGGAUGAGCUCCCCAUGUACCAAGAGCACUAUGAUGCUCUCUUCUCCAUGGACUUUGUGGAGACCAAGUACCCACAUGAUGACACAAUGAGGCCCUUGGGAUCUUUGAGAUGUGGAGUUGGUCCUCAAGAACAUGCGCUUGGCCAAGUUCUUCUCUUACCACAUGGAGUCUACAAGGAGCUCACUUGUGAGUUCUUGGCUUCAAUGAGGUCCACAUUUGGAGAUCUUGUUUGGGUUCACUAUGGAGAGGGAACCAGUGGAACUAUCAAGGAAAAGGAACUCCAAAGGGUUUGGGCUACAAUCGCUGAUGGAGUGUACUCUUCCUCAAGGUCCAAGGCAGCUCAGAUCAGGAGCCCAGUGUUGAGAUAUGUGCACAAGGCACUUGCCAACACCUUCUUUGCAAGGAAGGCGACGGGACAAUCAAUGAAGAGAGCUACUCUCCUACAAGACACGCCUAACACUAGGCAAAAGGGAAGGAAGCUUAGUGUUGGAGGAGUCAUCACACCUAUCCUUCUGUGCAGCUGGAGUCCAUUUGGACAAGAGAAGGUUCCAAUUCAAAUUCACUCAUCCAUUGGCUGGCCCUCCAAGCUUCUCCUGCCCAACCCUGAGCUCACCACGGUUCUAGGAGGCUCCAAGGAUGAACCCCUCUGUUGUGGCUGCCCACAAGAGGAUUGGACUUCUCCAAAGUUCAACAAAUGGCAAGGGAAAGCCAUUGGAAAAGAUGCAAAAGUCCAUGGACAAGAUGGUGAGCAAGAUCAAAGUUUGGAGAAGAAGGUUUCUGGUUCUUCAAGCAAGAAGAAGAAGUCCAAGGCCCCACUUUCCCUAGGAGUAUCACUCCUCACCACUCCAAGGAGGCUCCCUGCCCAGAGCCUCACAGAGCCUCUUCAUUUCGAGCCAAGGGAAGGAGAAGACAACACGCAGAGAAGGAGGAAGAGUUCCAAGGCCAGACGCUCCAACUCGACCACCGGACUCGAUCGAGUCCAAACAGAGGAAACUCAACUCGAUCGAGCUCGAGCUGAGGGUCGAGUUGACCUGGAGGAGCCCCUGUUUGAGAACCCUGGAUUCGAGUACGAUCCAACGCAGUACCAGGACUUCUCUCAGACUCUCUGGACUCCCUACAACCGCUUCGAGCAAGCACAGCUCCUCCAAGGCCAAGGAAGCCACACACAUUUGAAGAUGAAGAAGAGGAGAAGAGGAGCCGCAAGCUCGAUCGAGUGA